AGGCCUUCAACCUGCUAUAGCGGAGCCGAUGUCUUUGUUGUGGCUCACCAAGCCAAGCAAGUUUAUUAUUUGCCCUACCCAUGUCAAAAGGAGUACCUCAAAGGCUGGGAAGUCGUGUUCAAGGUAUCACCACAUGGUAAGCUACCCAUGCCCUCCGACGAGGAUUACAACAACAUUGACCCUGUAACAUACGAGGGAAUUUUUUAUCAAGAGCAAGAGAACUUUGGGGAUUUCGAAAUAGAAAUUGGUCUUGAGGACCUCGAGAACGAGGCACAUCUUCAUGGUGAAACAGUGGUGGACCUAAAGGACAUACAAAUGCUCACCAAGUUACAUGAGGGCAAUGGCUUCAAUGAUGAGCCUCCACCGGACAUUCCCACCCAACCUCAUUACUCACAUGAUACUGAUAGUGAUAGUGAAAAUGAGAACCCAAUGCCUCGUUAUGAGAACCCAAUGCCUCAUUAUGAUAGUGAUGAUUCGAGGUGAUUGAUCAAUAUGAGCGGAAGCAAGGAAUCCAUGAACUCCAUUCUGAAGAGCAUGAG